AUGUCAUCCAAUGACCCUAACUCUUAUGGCACAGAUGAUGCCUUCGAUGAAUAUAUUGACAUGGAUUUUUUGAGAAGCGACGCAAUGGAAGAAGACGUUGAUAUUGGAAACAUGACCACUUCUGAUCUCUUCCGUUAUUAUUUAGAAGGUGAAUUGGCUAAGGACGCUACAAACCUUGACUCGUCGAUUUAUGCAACACCCAUGCAGAAUGCUACGGAUGAUUUUUCGUUGGUGACAAGUCCUAACUCCGUAGCAGAAGAACCUAAAAUGAAUUCAAUAAAUCCCAUAGAAGAAACUAACGCACUUUCUCAAUCGACAAAUACGUCUUCUGAGGUUGGACCUUCUUUGGCUAUGCUAAAUGCGCAAUUAGCCGAGUUACUGGCGAAACUUCCUUCAUUUAAACAAGAGCCAUAUACUGACAGUAAAACUUCGACUUUAUCUGGCUCCACAUUACCAACAAAGAAUAAUUCAGCAUCAAAUAUCCUUGCUACGCUCAAAUUAUCUACAACUCCUAAUAAUAGCAAAGAAAGUGAUCAGAAUAAACUCGAGGAUAAUAGUCAAAUUGAUUUAAAAAAAUUAUCUUCAAAAGAGCGACGGCAACUUCGUAAUAAAAUAUCUGCCAGAAACUUUCGUGUUCGAAGAAAAGAAUACAUUCAAAGCUUGGAAUCAACGAAAGAACAACAGCAAGAAGAAAUAAAUUUACUUCGGCAAGCUUUGAUGCACUUGCAAGAAGAAAACACAAGAUUGCAACAAGAAGUCGAAGAAUUGCGGAAACAACAGAAGCAGCCCGAUGGAGCAGCUCCUCCCUCCCCACCUCACAAUUCAACUCAAACAACUAAAAAUAACAGCAACGUUCAACGUUCCAAAGCACCUCAAACGUCGUCUCCUGAUUCUCGGUAUCUUAUUAUUCCCAAUGUCAACAAAGAUAAGCCACCAUCAUCAUCAUCUGCAAAUCAGAAUACAUGGCAAGAUUCUCGAGUUAGGGUACAAACAACGCUCAUUCCUGAAUUCAAUUUUGAUAAGCAUUCGUUUGAGGAAAAAUUCGCAUUUCCCUAUUCUAACGCCUGGAAUGGUUCUAUGAUUGGGCAGCAUUCUUUGAGAGAUGCUUUUACAUUUGACCAAAAGACUUUGUUUGCUUACAUGCUGAUGACUACUGUAAUGCAACGACUUACUACAUUGUUUAUUGAGGCAGUAUGUGCCACACCACAACAUAAAAUGAUUUCUGCUUUGUUUCCAAAAUCUUCAAUUCCUACCCCAGUUGCUUCCCCGAAUACCUUAGUUGAAAGUCUACAAUCUCUGGAGAUUGUUGACGAAAAAGAUGGUAUACCAGAUAAAGUUUCUGAACAAUCUUCAUCGAAUGUCGAACGAACAAGCGAUGGAAGUAACGCCGAAGAACCUUUGUUAGACAAUAAUACAAUGGUCGAAUCUAUUAAAGAAGCUUCUGUGCUCGAUUGGCUUUAUGAUACAAUGGUAAAACAUGUUGCUGAACAAAGUAAAGUAGAAGCCAGAAUUAUGGAACUUAGUGAUUGGGUUGGAGAAGAUUGGGAUGAUACU